AUGGCGGUCAAGAAGAAGAUGAAAUGGCACGACUACGUUUUCCCGGGCUGCUUCAAGUCCGAAAAACCGAGCCCGACAAACACCCAGAAGAAGCCCGUUUCGAAACAAUCGUCGUUCAACAGGCUCUCGUUGACGGACUUCAGCAGCUCGACUCUCUCGGAGGACCUCUCGAUUUCCUUGGCGGGCUCGAAUCUGCAUGUCUUCACGCUUCAGGAGCUGAAGGUCAUCACUCAAAACUUCUCGCCGAGCAAUUUCUUGGGGGAGGGCGGGUUUGGGCCGGUCCACAAGGGCUUCAUCGACGAUCGGUUUAGGCCCGGGUUGAAGGCCCAGCCCGUGGCGGUCAAGCUCCUCGAUCUUGAUGGCUCACAGGGUCACAAAGAGUGGCUGACAGAGGUGAUUUUUCUGGGUCAACUAAGACACGCGCAUUUGGUUAAGCUGAUUGGGUACUGUUGUGAAGAAGAACAUAGGCUUUUGGUGUAUGAAUACAUGCCUAGAGGCAGCUUGGAAAAUCAACUCUUUCGAAGAUAUUCAGUUUCACUCCCAUGGUCAACAAGGAUGAAAAUUGCUCUUGGAGCGGCCAAAGGACUUGCUUUCCUCCAUGAAGCCGAAAAACCGGUUAUAUACCGCGACUUUAAAGCUUCGAACAUUUUGCUCGAUUCGGAAUACAAUGCCAAGCUCUCGGACUUUGGGCUCGCCAAAGACGGCCCACAAGGAGACGACACGCACGUUUCCACGCGAGUCUUGGGUACCACAGGUUAUGCCGCACCCGAGUACGUCAUGACAGGUCAUCUAACAGCUGCGAGUGACGUGUACAGCUUCGGGGUCGUGCUCCUGGAGCUCCUGACGGGCCGAAAAUCGGUAGACAAAACUCGGCCCCACAGGGAGCAGAAUCUUGUCGAGUGGGCCAGGCCCAUGCUCAAGAGUCCCCGGAAGUUGAACCGCUUGAUGGACCCGAGGCUCGAGGGGCAGUACCCUGAGCUAGGGGCCCAACGGGCCGCGACCCUGGCAUAUCAGUGCUUGAGCCACCGGCCCAAGCUUAGGCCCACCAUUGGCGAGGUGAUUCAAGACCUAGAGCCGUUGAAGGAUAUGGAGGACAUCCAUUAUGGCACGUUCGUGUUUGCCGUCUCGACCGAUAGUGACUCUCAAAAAGAGAGCUCGAGGGAUUAUAGUAAUAAUAGUAAUAACAACAACAACAACCAUAAUACAGAAAGCCGGAAAAAAGAGAGCGGUUACAAUCACCAUCGACACAAGCUCCGAGAGAGGGAACGGUACAGAUCAAAAUCGCCUAAAUCGCCACUUUCGUACGAGUCGCCUGCAUGA